GUUGAUAGUUUCGAGAGUGAGUUAGAGUUUUGCGCAGCAAUAUAAGUGUGUUAUGUGCAUUAUUGAAAUUAUCUUAUGUUUUGUUAUUAGAUCGAAUAGAGUGUCAUUGAGUGUCAUCAUACUAGGUAAUAAAAAAAAAAAACAUUUUGACUGAACAAUGAGCGCUUUGGAACAUUACAAUCUUCAUGGAGAAUACAAAACAGACUCCAAUAGCCCUGCUAUUAUGCAGAGUAUGGAUAAUUUAUCUACCUGCAAUAAAGAUAUGUAUAACCCUACAUAUAGCUCUCCUUAUGAUUCUUCAUCAAAUUAUGGAGACCUAACGAUUAAUGGAAUGUCUACUUUGAAUGAGCCUGUUGAUAAAAAUUUUUCCGAAAUUUCAAACAGUUUUUUGUUAAUUGACGGCAAAGAAUAUCUUAAGGUUACUAAUGCCGAAGAAUUUAUUAAUAAACUUGCUUUUACUGAAAAAAAUUCAAAGAUUAAAGUUGUAUCUAUUUUUGGAAAUACUGGAGACGGCAAAUCACAUACAUUGAACCAAACUUUUUUUAAUGGUAAAGAAGUAUUUAAAACUUCAAAUGAACAAAACUCCUGUACUUUAGGAGUUUGGGCAGCAUUUGAUCCACGACUUGGAGUAAUUUGUUUAGAUACAGAAGGACUUUUAGGUAUAACCGUUCAUGAAAAUGAACGAACACGAUUAUUACUUAAAGUACUUGCUGUUUCUGACAUUGUCAUUUAUCGCACGAGAUCUGAAAGAUUACACAUGGAUUUAUUUACAUUUCUUGGUGCGGCAUCAAGAGCUUAUAGCUUACAUUUUCAAAGUGCAUUACAAGCAUUAAGCCGAAGAGAGGGAACAUUAAAUCCUACUCGUGCACUUGGUCCAAGUGUUAUUGUAUUUCAUGAAACUUGGCACACUCGUAUAUUAUCACAUAAUACGUCAGAAGAAAGUGCAGAAGAUGUUUUACGGAAUCGUUUCACUCAAAUGAGAUUGGAAAUUGAUGCUUUCAGUUCAAUAAAAUACGUUGGUGUACAAACAUUGAACCCACCAACAAAUUACAACCCUCUUCGUAAUGCUAUUAAAAAUGAACUAUAUAAUACGACCGUAAGGUCGGCAAGAAACCCGCAUCACGUGUACAAUACACUGAAAAUACUAAAUGAUAAAUUUUCUGGAGCAAUCGAAAAUAAUUCUAAUCAUUUAUUUUCUGACCAGUAUUUUACUUGUCAAGUAAAAUGUCGUAGUUGUGACAGCAGAUGUCGAAAUAGCAUGGGACAUCUUCGUGAAGGAAUUCCUCAUUGCAGUGAUAUUAAAUGCCGCUAUCAACAUCAAUAUGAAAACUUGGUGUAUAUCUGUAAAAAAUGUCAUGCCGAUGGUAAUGAAGUCAUAGUGACAAGUCGCACGUUGCCUCAAAAUGACAGUAGUUGGUAUGGACUGGCAAAAUACGCAUGGUCUGGUUAUGUUAUUGAAUGUCCACAUUGUGGUGAAAUAUAUCGCAGUCGUCAAUAUUGGUAUGGUAAUAAAAAUCCUGAAGAUGCUGCAGUGCGUACUGAAAUAACUCAUGUUUGGAAUGUGCCUAAUUCAGCACUAUCGAAUCAGAAUGCAGCUCAAAAAAUAAUUGAUAGCGUAGCGUAUCUUACUGAAGCUGUUACAACUGCUUCCAUUCAGCCGACAAAAGCUAUCACUGCUUGGGUCGCUGAUCAAGUUGCACCUACUUAUUGGCGUCCUAAUAAUGAAAUUCAAAAUUGUCACCAAUGUAAAAGCUUAUUUGGUCCUUGUGAUACGAAACAUCACUGUCGUUCCUGCGGUGAAGGUUUCUGUGCUAAUUGCUCAUCUCAGACAAAACCUGUUCCUGCGAGAAAUUGGCUUACACCUGUACGUGUUUGCGAUAGUUGUUUCUCAAAAGAUACUAAUUCUAAUGAAACUACUUCUGAUACUACUGAAGAUGUUAGUGUUAGAAAAGUCAGCGAACACGUUGUAUCAACUUUAAACGCAUUUGGAACUGUAUUAACUUAUUCAAAAUCAUUGAUUAAAGAUACUGUCCGACCAACGUAUUGGGUUCCUGAUUCCGAAUUGAUGAAUUGUUGUAUUUGUGAAAAUCCUUUUUCUGAUAUUUUACCUUUUCAUCAUUGUAGAGAUUGUGGCCGUGGUGUAUGUCAAAAUUGUUCACAAAAUCGUAAACCUGUACCUCGUCGAGGUUGGGAUAAUCCAGUUCGUAUAUGCGAUUAUUGCAUAAAGAUUGAUGACCUGAUAAAAUUUAAUCAACAAUUAUAAAUAUAUAAAAUUAUUGAUUAUUUUUAAACGUAAGUUAGUUUAAAGAUUAAAAAAAAUAAUUUUAAAUUCUAAUCUAUUAUUUUCGUUAUUGAUUAGGAACAAUAUUAAAUAAUACUAUUCAAUGAUAAAAAAUAUUACAUUUGAUUUUAUUAAUUAACAUCAAAAAUGAAUAUAUAAAAAUAGUGCCAUAAUUGGGAUAUAUCUUUUUUUUAAUAAAUAUAGCCUAUUUAAAUAUCGAUCAUUGCAUGCUUUUACAUUAAAAUAUAAAUUUAUUAGAGAAUGCGUGAUUGAUAAUAUAUUAUAUAUUACAAAUGAUUUAUAUUUGUCUAAUAUUAUUACUGGUAUAAUAAACAUAUUUUAUAAUAGUAACUUUUAUUGCAAUGCAACAUAAUCAAUACCUGGCUGUGAAUUGACUAUCGAAAGCGCAUUUUCAUCAAAUGUCAGAAAUACAAUAAAACACGUUAAGUACA